AUGAAAAUUGCCAUAAAUCAUUUUAGUUCAUUGUACAUAAACUUUAUCAAGGGUUAUGGUUUGUUUGCAGAGGUUGACUAUAAAAUCUAUAAUGCCGUCAAUUUAGAGUUCCCAAACGAAGACGAGCAAAAUGAAUUUGAUGGAUACCUGUUGACAGGUUCCUCUGCAAAUAGUUAUGACAAUGAUAAUUGGAUCGUUAAACUGCGCACUCAUUUACAACAUCUAGACAAGUCGGACAAAAAGAUAUGCGGUAUCUGUUUUGGUCAUCAAGCGUUGGCACAUGCUCUUGGUGGUCAAGUUACAAAGAGUAAACUUGGAUGGGAGUUGGGACAAGUGACAGUUCAACUCAACAAUGAUGGUAAAAAGUUUAUCAAUGAAAUGAUUUCUUUAGAUAAACAAACAUUUCUUGUAGAUGGUGCAGACCUGUCAACCUUGACAGAUGUUGAUAGCAUUCAAGUAUUACAAAUACACCAAGAUAUUGUCCAAGUUGUACCUAAUGAUUUUAUUGUUAUUGGAUCUACUUCUCUAACACAGGCACAAGGUUUCGUCAAAAAGUCACCAUCGAAUCCAUCCAAAUACCAUAUUCUCACUUUCCAGGGCCAUCCUGAAUUCAAUGUUGAUUAUCUCACCGAAUUAAUCAAAGAAGAAGCACCACCAGAAUUGAUUGAACCCUCAAUUCGAUCACUUACCAACAAUCCAGACCAAAUGUUCAUGUCCAAGCUGGCAUUUAAUUUCUUUUUUAGACAAAAAUAA